AUGACAUCUACUGGACCACCCGCUCAGGUAACAGGAAUUUCACCAAUUGAGGGUGUGCCUGGUACCAAAUUGACAUUGAGAGGGGAGCACUUUGGUCAAUCAGCGUUGGACCUUACCCACGUGUUUGUUGGAGGUAUUGAUGUUUCACCUAGUACCCGAUGGUUCUCUCCGCGAAAGCUCUCCGUUAUCACUCCACUUGGAUCAGGCGAGUUGGAAAUCGUAAUUGUCACCAGGUCUGGUGGCAUCGGCACUUCUGAGCUUACUUAUACUCAACGUGUGGGCCAAAAAGUAGGACCACAGGAACAAGUGAGUUAUUGGCCAGAGGACGAGCGUCGAUGGUGCCCUGCCAUAAUCGAACGAGGAAGCGGCUCGAGACAGGAAGGGGGUGGUGACGUGGUUGAUGCCUCGCUUUCCGCUACUGGUCUUCCGGCUGCUGAACUCGCUCGUCUUAGCAUGCCGCUCUCCGACACCGCCCUUAUGAAGAUUUAUCCGCACACAGGGACGGUGCUACUAUCGGAACCAGAUUUCGACCCAAUGUUGUUUCUCUUAAAGUACUACAAGAAUGCUAGUUUUGAGGACUUGGUGAUGGCUCGAAACAACUUCAGCCAAAGUAUUUCGGCUUCUGGUGCCCACGACUCAAGCAACGUCAUCAAAAACAACCUCUACCUCAUUUUCCGGUGUCUCGAGGGCCUCGAAGGUGUGAAAACGAAGUCAAGGGCCAAAGAUGGCACCGUGGAAAUGCGCUUGGAAAAGAAACUAACUGUUUACGCCGAGGUCGAGUCUGUCGUAGCCCAGUUUCGGGACACAUUGAAAGCCGAACUUCUCCAGGUCCCCAUUGACGUUGACGAGGCAAUGGAGCGAAUCAGAUGUCUUGAGCAGCUAGACUUGGAUUAUGAUCCGUACUGGGUUUGCGUUGAUGCCUUCAAAAAUUGGCUCAUUGACCAGCUUCGAUGUUUCCAAAAGACUUACCAAGAGAGAGUGCCCCAAGAAGCCUCUGAGCAAGCCUCCUCGCCCGUUUUGCGUUCUGCCGUAAAGGCCCGUGUGGGGAAACGGCAGGCGACGAUACAGCUGGUGAAGCAGGUCUGCGACCUCCUGUGCACGCACUGUGUUCAGUUCUGGCGCCUCCAGUCGGUCUGCUCUGCGGCCUCGCGAAAAGCCCCGAGGCCCGCCUCCCUGGAGGGCUCUUAUGGUCAACAGUCGCUGCACGAACGAUAUCAAAUGCUGAAUAUUGAGUUGAUUCACUUAGUGGCAAGUUGCGUUCGGGAGGUUGUACUGGAGCCAUCAUCAAUCAGCGCCCCAGAAACCGUUUCCAGUGGAUGGGCGUCCACUUGCGUCCAGGAGUUUCGAAAUUGUUGUCUCAGUUUACCCCUUGAUAUUGUCCCGGAGGAGGCACAGACUGUACUUCGUCGCCUUUCACACGACCUGAGACGUCAUGCCGUCCGGGAUGUACUUCGUUCGUCUCAAAAUGCCAUCGAAUCAUUGUAUUUCAAGGAAAACUGGGAAGUCGAAGUUACUGAUGACGGCGGAAGCAUUACACAGUUGCCAUUAGCCUAUGAGAAUUUGGUGGUGGAGUCGUUGUCCCGCUGUAGAACCCUCAUGUCGCCUCGAACUUCGUUGGAGAAUUCUCUCUUCGACGCAACUGAGUAUCAGGAACGCUUCUCGCAGUCCUUUUCGGACGUCAUGGUUGGAUUCUUAAGUACUCUUCAACGCCUGGCGGACCAAAUCGAGGCCUCGUUGCCGCCACAGGACGCAGCUGGAACAGCGUUCCACAACCACGCAGGUCCGGAUGCCGCGGACGUGGAUCAGGCCAGCAGCCAGCACGCCAUUGUCGCGCAGGUGCGCGGCCUGCUCCUGCUCGUAAGCAACGCCGACUGGGCUGCACGCCGGGCCAACUCCCGUGUAUUCAGGGCGUACGUGUCGGCUGGCUAUUCGAAUGUGGACGACUUGAAGUCUCGGGUACUGUCGGCUUGGAAGACCACAACUGACAACUUGGUCGAGCGCUACACACGGCUCCGCGUCACGUGGCUUUGUGCUCCUCUAGACAAGGAAAAUACUCCCGACUCCGGCCUUCAAAGCGCAAUAAUAACUGCCCUCUGCAAUUUAUCCCACAUACACUCAGAGCUAGUCCUUAUUUUGGGAGUGUCCAGAUGUCACGCUACUGACGGACAAGCUGAGUUGGACAGUCUGUUCUCGCAUCGCAUCAAAGCAGUCAUGAAGGCGAUUGCGAUUAAGCUGUCUGACAGCAUCCAAGCGCGUUCCGGUUUUCCUGAUUGGGCAGCAAGCUGCCCCGCUUUUCCCAAAGUGGGUGGUCGCAUGCCGGAGCAGGAACACAAUGCACCCCUCCCCUUCUCCCCAGGCUCUUCUGCCCCGCAUCUCCAGGCGGCCACCCACUCUCGACAAAUUCUAAUUAACAAUGCACUGAUUGCUUCCCUUCUCCCUACCCCAGGCAAUCAAGUUAUUCCGUGUCUCGUCAAACUGUGA